CUUGGAGGCUUUGGCUGCAACAGCAAGUGGUCUGUGCGGGCACUGACGUUUAGCGCGCCCCACUUCGGCAGCCGUGACGGGGGCAGCGACCAAUGGGAUCCGAGGGGAAAGAAAAAAAAAGUUCAAGCUCUCGUGCUUGCUGCCUCUUUUUUUUUCCUCUUGGCCCGCCAACGCCAGCAAAAUCGCCUGAGCUCUACCCUCUGGCUUCUCUUUUUGCUCGGUGGCCCCCCCCCCAAUCAUUCCCUUCCCAUCCGCUCGUAGAAACCGCAGACCGCCCCCCGACCUGCGCCCGAAACAAUUCUGCCCUCCCUCGGGAUGUUUGGGACGAACAUCUACAGCAAAAACAAACAAAGCCUCCUCUCCUCCUCGUAGCCUUAUCGUCUGCAGCCUGUUCUAUGCGUGCCGGCCUGUAGUCGAUCCAUCUCCUCACUCUUUGCCACCGCCAUCCGCAUUACGUCGUCCAAUCAGCCCAAUUACACCAGAUCGUCUUAAUACAUUG